CCGGAAAAAGUAUGGAAAAGACGCCAAAGAAACACACCGAAGACCAUAACUGUGAGGACAGUUGCGCUGUUUGUUUGGACAGAAUUACGCAGAAGAAGACAUUAAGUUGUCUUCACUCAUUCUGCUCGGACUGUAUCGACUUGGUCUUCAACUUGAAGCCGGCGUGUCCGAUAUGCAACACCUACUACGGGGUGUACACGGGAACGCAACCAGAAGGCACCAUGGCGGUGUCUCGCAGCUGGAAAGGCCUACCAGGCUAUGAAGAUUAUGGUUCUAUUAUAAUUACUUACACAUUCCCGGCUGGAACUCAAGGGCCUGAACACCCAAACCCUGGCGUGAGAUACAGCGGCACAUGUCGUAUGGCCUUCCUGCCAGCCUGCGACGAGGGAGAAAAAGUCCUCAAGCUCCUGAGGAAAGCCUUCGACAGGAAGCUCAUCUUCACCGUCGGACAGUCAAUCACCACAGGACUCAACAAUGUCAUCACCUGGAAUGACAUUCAUCACAAGACCAGCACAUGGGGUGGUCCACAGUGUUUUGGAUACCCAGAUCCAGAUUACUUGUACAGGGUUCAAGAGGAGCUCCGUCUUAAAGGGGUGACUGAGGAUUGAAUCCACAACCAGUUUGAGCACACAUCGCUCUUAUCAAAUAAUGUGGUUUGAUGAACUUUUGGUCAUACAGUGGCUUGAAAAAGUACCCAUACCCUUUGAACUUUCCCACAUUUUGUCACGUU